AUGCCUUGCUGCGCUCCCGCCCGCAGCGUCGCCUUCGCGCCCGGCCGCAGCUCCCGCCCGCAGCAUCGCCUUCGCGCCCGGCCGCCCGCACGCCCCGCCAGCCACUUCUGUGAGGCCCUCUGGACGGUGGCCGUGCAGGACGGGGUAGGACGGGGUAGACUGGUGGCAGUGGCGGCGCUGCUGCUGCCGGUGGUCGUGUUGCUGCCGCGGUGUCGGGGCGUCGCGGCGCAGCCCACGCCACGGUGCGGGGACGGCGACCUUGCCGCGUUGCGAGGGUUCUCGGCCGGUCUUGAUGCUCUGGUGGAUGGAUGGCCGGCCGUCGCUGAUGACGAUGAGGACGGCUGCUGCGCGUGGCCAGGCGUGGUAUGCGGCCGCGCGGGCGUCGUCGGGGUGGUGCUGCCGAACCGGGGGGAUAUGACCGCGUUGCUCACCGGGCUGACGGCGCUCCGCGUGCUCAACCUCUCCGGCAACGCGCUGCGGGGCGCGCUCCCGCCCGGCCUCCUCCGGCUGCACCGCCUCGAGGUGCUCGACGUCAGCUCCAACGCGCUCGCCAGCGCGAUCGGGCCCGAGCUCGAGCUCCCGGCGGCGCGCAUGUUCAACGUGUCGUACAACGCGUUCAACGGCAGCCACCCGGUGCUCCCCGGCGAGGCCCCGACCCCGCCGCCCAAGCCGCCGCGCCCCUCUCCUCCGACCCCUCCUCCUUCCCAGCCCUGCGCUCCGGCACGCCUCGCCGCGCCUCCGCCCACGCCGGCCCGCGUCCUCCAGCCCCGCACUUCGCGGGCGUCCGCCGCUUCCCCGAAUCACGGCCUCAUCUCCGGCCGUCGCGCCGCCUCCCCGAACCAUGGCCUAGUCUCCGGCCGUCGAGCUGCCUCCUGGGCUCCAUCCUCAUGGCGUAGGUGCGGCAUCGCGCGAGCGGGGACGGCCGGAUCGGUGCGGCAUCGGCGCGGCAGAGCGGGGCGGAGCCGCGCUCGAGGGCGGACGCACGAAGCAGAGCAGACGUGAAGCUCGCCGCGCCCGCGCCCGCCUAUUCGUGGCGGAGCUCGCCCGCGCCCGUGGCCGGGGCGGAGCUCGCGCCCGCCUCUGCAUCGCCGGUGCGGCGUCGAACGCGACGGCGGGGCAGCGGACUUGGGCACGCCAUGCCGCCUCCACCUCCAUGGCCGAGCAGAGAAGAGACAGAUGAGGGGGUGGGGGAGACAACGAGUAGAAACUUUUUGACACCCUGACAAAAAUUCUCGCCGGCAGCCCCCCAGGAGGCGAAAAAAAUGCCUCCUGGGGAGGCAAACGGCUGGAGAUGCCCUAAGGGUUUGUUUUCUGGCUGAGACUACUAGGGAGCAAAAGGCGGAUUUUGUCGCUUUUAUGGAGA